AUGGAGCGCCAGGUGAACACUUGCCGAAAUGCGUACUAUCAUCUUCGUCGCAUUUCGCGCAUUCGAAAAUUUCUGGAUGCAGCCGCCUGUAACCAGGUUGUUUGUGCCCUCGUCAUCCCGCAUCUUGACUACGGAAACUCCCUCUUCUAUGGCCUUCCGGAUUACCUUCUUGACAAACUAAAACUAGUGCAGAAUGCAGCUGUCCGUCUGGUAACUCAGACUAAGAAGCGUGAGCAAAUUACGUGCAAGCGGAAAAGUCUUCAUUGGCUCCCGAUUCUUCAGCGUGUGAUGUACAAAAUUGCUGUCUUGGCCUAUCAAUGUGUUAAUGGUACUGCCCCAUCGUAUCUGUGUAAACUUGUAUCCCCCAGGUCUGUUAAUCGUCGCCUCAGGAGUUAUAGUGAGAUCUCACGUGAUUUGGGGGUUCCGGUGAAGCUACCGGGGGCGUAA